AUGGUAACACAGACCAAUCCGGUCCCUGUUACAUAUCCAACGGAUGCUUAUAUCCCCACGUAUCUGCCCGAUGAUAAGGUCUCCAAUCUGGCAGAUUUGAAAAAAUUGAUAGAAAUGGAUUCCAGACUAGAUUUGUAUCUGACAAGAAGGAGGCUGGAUACGUCCAUCAAUUUACCUACAAACACCAAGACCAAGGACCAUCCCCCCAAUAAAGAGAUGCUGAGGAUUUACGUCUACAACACUACGGAAAGCAGCCCUCGCAGCGAUUCUGGCACCCCAGCGGACUCAGGCAAGACUACAUGGACACUGAGAAUAGAAGGUAAGCUUCUGCACGAGUCCGCAAACGGAAAGCACCCAUUUAGUGAGUUUUUGGAAGGUGUCGCGGUCGACUUUAAAAGACUGAAACCGCUGGGCAUGGGCAAGAAGAGGAAACGCGAUUCGUCAUUGAGCCUUCCUUUGAAUCUGCAACAACCCGAAUACAAUGAUCAAGAUAGCACCAUGGGCGAUAACGACAACGGCGAGGAUGAGGACAGUGCAGAGGCAGAAUCCAGGGAGGAAAUUGUAGACGCACUGGAAUGGAACUACGAUGAAAACAACGUUGUGGAGUUUGAUGGUAUCGACAUCAAGAGGCAAGGCAAGGAUAAUUUGCGAUGCAGUAUAACCAUCCAGUUGAGGGGUGUCGACGGUGGAAAAGUACAGUACUCGCCCAACUUAGCUACCUUGAUAGGUAUGCAAACGGGCUCCGUUAAUGACGCGGUUUAUUCGAUCUACAAGUACAUUUUGAUCAACAAUCUGUUUGUUACGGAACAAACAGAGGCUCAAGAUGGUUCCAACGAUGCCGAAGACAGCAGUAACGAGAAUAACAAUAAAAACGGUGCUGGUGACGAUGAUGGCGUCGAGGGAAGUACUCCAAAGGAUAAGCCCGAAUUGGGUGAAGUGAAGCUAGAUUCACUCUUACAAAAGGUAUUGGAUACAAACGCCGCGCACCUCCCCUUGAUGAAUGUUGUGCAAACCGUGAACAAACUGGUAUCACCCCUACCGCCCAUCAUCCUAGAUUAUACAAUUGAUCUUUCCAAAGAUACCACCUAUGGUGCUACCACCUUGGAUGUAGAUGUGUCGCACAUUCUCCACCAGCCUCAACCCCAGCCAAAUUUACAAAAAGAGGAAGAAACAGAUGCUGAAGACACAGCAAAACUACGUGAAAUCACAAAGCUUGCCUUGCAGUUGAACUCUAGUGCUCAAAAAUACCAGUUUUUCCACGAACUGUCUUUGCAUCCAAGAGAAACGCUGACUCACUACUUAUGGUCUUCCAAGCAAAACGAGCUUGUGCUGCAGGGCGACCAAUACUUCAAUGAAGAUGCUGCAAGAACGAGUGACAUAUACAGUAACAACAACAAUGACAGGUCACUAAUGGGCAAUAUCUCACUACUGUACUCCCAAGGAAGACUAUAA